AAGCCAGGGAUUGUGGGUUCGAGUCCCAUCUGGGGUGGAAAUCUUUUAAAUGUUUCUUAGCGAUCCAACAGGUGUUAGCUAAAUGUAGGCAUAUAAACAUAAGGAAACGAUGCGAGCCAGUAUUCAGACUUUAAUCGGAUGGAAAUUCGCUAGCUCUUCGACCAUUACCUGUCAUAUUGCUGAAAACUAUGUUAUAUUUGACUAAGGUUUGGUUAUAGAGUAGAUAGUAUUAGCAAUUUUAGUAGUCAGAAAGUAAACUUCUGACUCGUCUGAUUCAGCGUGAAACAUGAAUCUAUUUACACAGAGAUUUAUUUUGUGCGUCCUAACGGCGACCUUCGUAAAGGCUCAGCAUGUUCAGAGAGCCACCGUAUAUUGGGAUGCUGUUCAGAGGUCUGUGGUGCUGAACGAGGAUGCAAUGGAAGAGGACGGAGAUGCAUUUGGUUAUUUCAAUGAUAGUUUAUCUGUUUCUGGAUGGGGAGUGCUGGAAGUGCAGGCUGGUUAUGGAGAAUCCCAGGAGAACGAUGAGAUUACAUACUUCUUGGCCGGAUACCUUGAAGGAUACCUUACAGCCUCACAGAUGAUAAACCAUUACUUUAAUAUGUAUCCUCAGAUGAUAAAGGAUCAUCGUAUUAUGAAACCUCUAAAUCGCUUUAUGAGUGAGCAGGACUCAUGGACAAGAACACAAGUGAAAUUAAAUGGGAAAAGUGAUCCCUUGUGGCAUCAUGUAGGUCUUCUAGUGGCUCAGGUGGAUGGAUUGCAUGCCGGGGCAGCACACUGGGCCAAAAGUAGACAGAAAAAGCCUCUGUCCAUGUUUGCGGUUCAAUUCCUCAAUGGUAUUGGAGAUUUGUUAGACUUAAUCCCUGCACUCAAAAGACGUUCCAACUCUUCUUCGGACUCCUUCAGAAUGCCAGGCAUGAGUCACUGCUCUGCUCUCAUUAAGUUGUUACCUGGCUAUGAGAAUCUGUUGCUUGGUCACUCCAGCUGGUAUACCUAUGCAGCCAGCAUGAGAAUCUACAAGCACUGGGACUUUAGACUGAAAAAUAAACAUAAUUGCACAAGCAGACUGUCCUUUAGCAGCUACCCUGGGACCUUGUCAUCUCUGGAUGACUUUUAUUUGCUGGGAACGGGGUUGUUUGUAACUCAGACAACAAACAACGUGUUCAACACCUCUCUGUUCUCCCUGGUGUCCCCAGAGGCUUUGCUUGCCUGGCAGAGAGUGCGUGUAGCACAUGCGCUGGCCUGCACAGGGAAGCAAUGGGCACAAAUAUUUUCCAAGCACAAUUCGGGGACCUACAAUAACCAGUAUAUGGUGGUGGACCUGAAAAGAGUUUCACUUGGAAAGCAGAUUGAAGAAUGGAGUCUGACUGUUGUGGAGCAGAUUCCUGGUUUGGUGGUGUACUCAGAUCAGUCACAAGCGCUGCGUCAGGGUUACUGGGCAUCCUACAACAUCCCUUUCCACUUAGACAUUUACCGAAUGAGUGGUUAUGGUGUGAUGUGGAAAAAGCAUGGUGAAGACUUCUCAUAUGACCUCUGUCCACGUGCUAAGAUUUUCCGCAGGGACCAGGGAAAAGUCACUAAUCUGGAUACCUUGAAAUACAUUAUGAGGUACAAUGAUUACAGAAAAGACCCAUAUUCAAAUAAGCACCCUUGUAAAUCCAUCUGCUGCCGUAAUGACCUGAGGCUCCGACAACCUCAUCCAGGGGGAUGUUAUGAUACUAAGGUUACAGAUUAUCACAUGGCCCAGAUGUUUACGGCCGAAGCUGUGAACGGACCCACUACUCAGGAUGGUCUUCCACCUUUCUCUUGGAGCCGUUUCAAUCGGACAGCUCAUCAGGGGCUCCCUCAGACCUACAACUUCUCAUUCAUCACCAUUCAGCCCCUUCUUUUUGGUUCCAGAGAUCAAGACAAGACUGAUAGUAGUCUGGUACAGUGUAUGAACAGCAGUCUAGAGGAUACAGAUCCAAGACUUGAAAAUGAUUUAAUCGACUUUGCAUCAGAUAUUUACAGGCAGCUUUACAAAGUCAUUGGGUACAUUUUUGCCGCAUAAUACUUUUUGUGAGAUUGAAUGCAUAAUACUUCCAAUCAAUACUUCCAAUGCUGGACAUUUAUGCAAUAAAAGACUGUAAUAACAAAUAUUUGUAAAUAACUUGUCUAAUUUGAUAUCUGUAUUAAUGACAAAGCUCAUUGUCAUAAGUGAUAAAUAUUAACAAAUUGCACAAAUUAGAAUGUCCGUCAACCAAUCAGAAUCAAACAUUCAACAGUCCGUAGUAUAUAAAAUUAAGAUAAACUUAGCUGACUUGAACAAAGUCAGUGUCAUAGAAAAAGUGAUUAAUUAAAUAGAAACAGGUUUUAUUUAAAUAAUUUUAUUCAAAUUUUAAAUUAUGAGAGUACUUAAAUUUUAAUAUUAUUUAUAUAAAUCUGUUUUUUAAGUCCUUGCAAGCUGAAUAAUUUGUAACUACACCCUGAAUAGAUGUUAAAUUUGCACAAUAAAUCUACACCAUAAAUAGAUGUUACAUUUUAUUAGUGA